AUGGGCGGCGCAGCGGUCGAGAAGGAGGGCCUUGUCAUUCCUCUGAUCGAUUUCUCGAAAUUCCUCCACGGAACGCCCGACGAGCGGAAGGAGACGGCCGGGGAGAUCCUACGCGGAUUCCAGAAUGCCGGCUUCAUCUACCUCAAGAACCACCCGAUCCCGCUCGAUGUGGUCCAGCACACGUUCUCAAUGUCUGCCAACUUCUUCCGCCAGUCGGACGAGGCCAAGAUGGACGUCGCGUGGACCACCCCCGAGGCCAAUCGCGGGUAUUCUGCCCCCGGCAAAGAAAAGGUGUCGGAGCAGAUGGAUAUUGGCGAUAUUACAAAGGAGCGGGACGCUGCGCCGGAUCUGAAGGAGAGUUACGAGAUCGGACGCGAAGGCGAGGAGAAGCAUCCAAAUCAGUGGCCGCAGCGCGAGGAGGGACCGAUGGCUGGGUUCAAAAAGGACAUGCUGAGCUUUCAUGAUCUCUGCAAGGGGUUGCACUUCCAGGUGAUGAGCGCAAUCGCUGUCGGCAUGGGCCUGGACGACGGCUUCUUCGACAAGCACCUCGACGUCGGGGAUAAUACCCUGCGACUUCUGCAUUAUCCAGCGGUGGACUCGGGCGUGUUCGCAAAUAAUGCAAAUGCCGUGAGAGCCGGCGCGCACAGUGAUUAUGGUUCCAUCACUUUGCUAUUCCAGGACGCACGAGGUGGCUUGCAGGUAAGAAGUCCGACCGGCACGUUUGUUGAUGCCACGCCCAUCGAGGGAACCAUUGUUGUCAACGCAGGCGACCUCCUCGCCCGUUGGAGCAACGACACCAUCCGAAGUACGAUUCACCGUGUCGUUGAGCCACCUUUCAAGCAGGGUCCAACUCACCCGGCCCGGUACAGUAUUGCAUACUUUUGCAAUCCCAACUUCUCCAGCUUCAUUGAGGCGCUUCCAGGAACAUAUGGUGCAGAAGGUGAAAAGAAGUAUGCAGGCAUUACUAGUGGAGAUUAUCUAGUACAGCGCUUGACAGCAACCUAUUGA